AUCCAUUCCGCAGCGAGAGGAAAGAUGCAUACACGCACGGUACGCACGUUACAAUCGAAAGAGUGCUUUUUGUCUCAAAAAGAGUACAUUUUUAAAUUGUUAUUCAUCUUUGUGCUGUUCUUUAGUCAUCUUUUUUUUUACUUUUAUGACACUUUUUACAGCGGAGUUUAGUAAACGAGACAGGUAAUGAUGUCGAGGGACGUCUGCGUGCAUGCAUGCAUUUAAAUUCAAUAAGCUUUGUGCUUUAUUUGCCUUCGAGACUACGAUGCUUGUCGAUGGGAGCUUGUCUCAAUACGAUUUAAAGUGUGCCAUUUUAUUUCCGAUUUUAAAGUUAUUUGAAUAGAAGUGUCGACGUUUCCUGCCUUUGCACAGUUCAAAUACAAACAGUUGAAUUUGCAUGGAAGUCUAACGAGCAUUACAAGCAAAUAUGUCGAAGAACUUUUGUUCAAUAAAUUAUACUUCCAUAUGCUAUAUGAAAGGAAGACAGAAUAAUUUUCAGUGUGUGUGUGUGUGUGGCUGUGUGUGCGUACGCGCGCGCACAUGCAAGGCCAUUCGUCUUGCAGGACAAUAAAAGGAGAGUUUUUUGGGGAGCCUGACACUCACAAUUUAUGGCUGCCCUUCCUCGCCCUAAUAACUCACAUAUUGUGUCACGGACUGUCAACCCCACGCAGAACACAGCCACGCUGUUAUCAAUCACACAUUUUUGCAUAUUGUGUCACACACGCACACUGCAGAAAACCCCACCCUCACAAAAAAAACAAAAACAAAAAAAAAAACGCUGGGAACAUAGUUAAAGUGUGUGCACUUAACAUUUCAAAUGACAAUGUCACGUUUGCCUCUUUGAAGCCUUUUCCUAGUAGUUUCAAGUUAGUCACAUUACAUCUAUGGUGAAAAUAUGAUCUUGAACAAAUAUUUACUAUUUGUAAUGAGCAUCUGUGGGUUUUCUGUUCAGGGGUUUUGUAGACCAAUCACAAUUGCUCAUGAGUUGUUAUCUUAAUUUACAUGCCAGUCCAGAGUACAGGCCAUAGUUUAGCCACCCUUAAUUUACAAACUAACAACAGAAAAAAAUGAUACUGUAAAAAACUAUGGAGUAAAAUAUUAUACUAUAAUAUCCCUAUAUUGUGACUGCUGCUGAUUUGUACUACACCAUUAAAUUAAAAUGAUAUAUGAGAACAUGUUUUCAAUUGUCUUUGCCUACUUCAUCUUGGAGGAAUUAUGUCAAUUUUUUUGGAUAACACACGCAAACACACACAAGCACAUACACUCGCAGACAUACACACAAAAAAGUGCAAAUUAAUCAAUACAAAUUCCAAAUUUACAAAAAAAUAAAUAAAACGUACUGAGGAAAGUCAGUUGUUUUGACUCUACUAUUGAAAUUAGAAGAACGUUGGUUGGUGUGUAUAAAUUGCAAAAUAUUUUCAUUAGACUAACAAAAGAAUACUUUUUUCCCCCCAUUUUAAAAAUCCAAACUUAUUUUUUCUUUUGCACCGAGUGAGCGUCCAGGCCAGGUUUUCUCGUGGUUGUGCCUUUCCAAAAAGUUGACCUGUCAAGGCGAUUACCGCAGAGGGAGAUUAAUAGCAGAGGCGGGUUGCAAUAAUCAUCGUUUUGUUUGAUGUGACAAGCCCGAUAGGCGUUGAUUUACUUACAAACUGAUAGGCUUUUAAUUGAGCGCCGAUGGAGAUGAAAGCAUUGAAAAGACCCCCCCUUCUCGGUACCCCCACCCUUUACUCCCCUUAAGUCUCAAUACUGAUUAGCCCUCUCAGCAGUGAAUAGUUGGAAGCCAUUUUGUACUUUUUCUUUUCUUCGCACAACCUGACAGUCCAUCGCUCUUCCUCUUUUUACACACACAAAAAGAAGGCCCAGCGUUUUUUUUUUCUGCAUUGUGUGCAAAUAAAGGCUAGCCGCCAUCAGUGUGUAAAAUGUCUGCCUUUGUUAUCUCUUUGUUGGGGUUGGCAGGUGGAAGCCAUCUGCAAGCACACACAUCCAAUCACUGCGUCCAAUAUGCAUGGCUAUGAAUUAUUUUUCAUACAUUUGAAUGAUGCUCCUUCAUGUGUCAAAAUACACCCCCUAAAAAAGUUGCUCAACUGAACAAGCAUUCAUUGACAUAAAUCGAAUGGAGCAUUGAGUGACAGCUCUCUUGACAAAUAACUGAUUGAUUGCAUCGACUAGGGGUGAAGAUAGAGAUAGAAAUAGGGGGCGGGUUGUAUAUUAUAGUGAAAACAUGUGACAUUUGCCUCCCCUCCAUCACUUACUUUUUGGUCUAUUCCUGUCAACGCUUGUCUGUUUAAGCAGUGAGCCGGCUGCUUGCUUGGUCGGUUGGUUUGAUGGUUGCUAGGUGGGAAAGCAAAGUUGCUCGGUGGUGCCUGAAAACAUCCAUUUGGGACCUUUUGCAUAAACGUGUUGAAGACAUAAUUACACAAUACUGUACAGUAAUUGCAGCAUAUAUGUAUUCUGUAUUUAUCAAGCAAAUCUCUUGGAAUUAUUUUUUUUUGGGGGGGGGGGCAGUUUCACUAUUCUGUAGGUAACGUUCUUGCAUGUAUGUAAGGAGACAGAGUCGGUACGCUUUUCAGUCGUUUAUUGAACACUGGCAAAACAGUAAAACACACAAUGAGCACACUCACUCAAACUUGCCACCCACUAGGGGCCAUACAUUGAGUAUUUUCUAUACAGUUCGUGUCACAAGGUGCAUUCUGACAGUGGGAGAGAAUGAAUAGCAGUCCCCAUUUCUAUAUCUGUAGUCUGCAAUGUGGUUCAAACCGUCAGCAAUCUGGCGUGAGAACACUAUAAAGGCGAUCUUUGGGGGGGGAACCCCCAAAAAAACGAGCGAGCGUUACCAGCAAGCAAACAUUUAAAGUCUGCCGCGGGGCUACUCCCCUCUCGUGGAGCUGUCAAGGAGGAUGACGUCACAUCCCUUGACCCUCCAAUCACCUCGGGCUGCCAUUUGAUUGGAAGGCGGCAAAGGCUUUCAUCUCGGGACUAAUUCAGCUUCUUUUUUUUCCCUCCUCUCUCCUUCCCCGAGUGAAAACGUCUCCCAGUCAGUCUCCAGUGCGGGACGACACGGAGGGAGGACGCGGACACGGACGCACACGGCGGAAGCAUCUUUCCACACUCGCAGCUUCUACUUCUUCCGCAUCACAAAAAAAAAAAGAAAAGAAAAAAAAGAUCGGGAUUAUUAUUCUCACUCGCCUUGUUUUGGUCCGUUUCGCCCCUUUUUGGUCUUUUCCUUAAUGCAUCCGAGCGAAGCAUCGCCGUCCACUUGGCUGCCCAUUGGGACAUGAGCACGUCGCCCUCGGCGUAUGUCCUGACGAAUCUCGGUGAGUUGAGCGCAGCCUGGGAGCGAGCCAGUCGUCGGGGAAGCAGCGAUAGCGACGAGCCGGCCUCUUCUCUCUUCCUCCACAAGCAGCAGCCGCAGCAGCCGCCGCAGCAGCAGCAGCCGAGGCAGAAGCAGCAGCACUCGGCGCCGCCGUCAGACCCGCUACGGCAAGCCAAGCGACUUCCAGUGAAGGUUUUGAAAAUGCUCACCGCACGCUCGGGACACAUCUUGCACCCGGAGUAUCUGCAACCUUUGCCAUCCACCCCCGUAAGCCCAAUCGAGCUGGAUGCCAAGAAGAGUCCCCUGGCUCUCCUAGCGCAGACGUGCUCCCAGAUCGGCAAGCCGGACCCGCCGCCCUCCUCUAAACUCUCCUCCGUCGCCUCCAAUGGAUCUAGCGACAAGGAUUCUAAAUGCGGCCCGCUGAAGAUGAGCGACAUCGGCGCGGACGACAAGUCCAGUUUCAAGCCCUACUCCAAGCCGUCCGACAAGAAAGAUUCGUCGGGCGGCGGAGGCGGCGGCGGCGGCGGCUCGGACAAAUCUGGUUUCCGAGUGCCGAGCGCCACCUGUCAGCCGUUCACGCCGCGCACAGGCAGUCCCAACUCGAGCUCCUCCGCCUCCCCCAUGCCGGCGGAGGGCAAGUGCGGAGGGGAGCGGGACGACAAGAAGGACUCGGAGUGCGGAAAGAACGGCGCGGACGGCGGCUCGGCCACGUCCAGCCACAGCCGGAUAAGCGUGAGUUGCGGUGGGAUUAACGUGGAGGUAAACCAGCACCAGGAAACCACGCACGGCGCCAAGACCUCCACUUCCUCCUCCGCGUCGGAGUCCUCCCCGGUUACGUCAGUGUCCUCGGCGUCGGUGCUCGGCUCCGGGCUGGUUGCGCCCGUGUCCCCUUACAAGCCGGGUCAAACCGUGUUCCCGCUGCCCCCAGCGGGCAUGACGUACCCGGGCGGCUUGGCCGGGGCCUACGCGGGCUACCCUCAACACUUCAUGCCGCACGGAGGCGGCCUGGUGAACGCGCAGCUGGCCAGCUCUUUGGGCUGCAGCAAGGCCGGCUCCAGCCCUCUGGCCGGAGCCUCCCCACCCUCCAUCAUGUCGGCGAGCCUGUGCAGAGACCCUUACUGCCUCAGCUAUCACUGCGCCAGCCACUUAGCGGGCGCGGCGUCGUGCACGCACGAGUCGGCGGCGGCCGCGGCUGCCGCAGCCAACGCGCUCAAGUCCAGCUACCCCCUCAUGUACCCCACGCAUCCCAUCCACGGAGUGCACUCGUCGGCCCCCUCGUUCAGCGGACACCCUUUGUACCCGUACGGCUUCAUGCUGCCCAACGAUCCCCUGCCUCACGUGUGCAACUGGGUGUCGGCCAACGGACCGUGCGACAAGCGUUUCUCCACCUCGGAGGAGCUCCUGAACCACCUGAGGACACACACCGCGUUCACCGGGGCCGAGAAGCUCAUCUCCGGCUACCCGGGAUCCUCCUCGUUGGCCAGCGCGGCUGCCGCUGCGGCCAUGGCCUGUCACAUGCACAUGCCGCCGUCGGGCCCCGGCAGCCCCGGGACUUUGGCUCUGAGAAGCCCGCACCACGCACUGGGACUCAGCACUCGCUACCAUCCGUACUCUAAAAGCCCGCUGCCCACCCCCGGCGCUCCGGUCCCGGUCCCCGCGGCCACCGGCCCCUACUACUCCCCUUACGCACUGUACGGUCAGAGACUCACCACAGCAUCUGCGCUUGGAUAUCAGUGAAGGGGGAGAAAAAGGAAAAAAAAAAAAAAACUUCGCAAAGUUUAUAAUACAAAGAAUGCAAAUAUAAAGACUUUUAUAUGGACAUAUGGGCGGGAUCCGUGGACUUCUAAUUGUAUUUAUUUAUGUCUGCUUUAAAAAAAAAAAAAAAGCAGGCUGCAAAAUGGAACAAGUCAAAAA